AUGCCUUUAUUGGCAGGUCUCGGAGGCCAGUGCGCCGGUGCCUUUGAGGCAGUUGAGCAGAUGAAUACAGGCACCUUUGCAGCGAGAGAGCAACACGGAAUCUCAUGCCGCCUGAGCUCAUCACGUUUGCCUAACACGCCUGCAGCUCGGUUGGCAAGUGGUACCAGCGGGUGUUUAGGCCAGACUUGGUCAAUCCUGCGAUUAAGCCAUUAUUGUCCAAAGCGCCCGGAAGCCAACUGGCCUCGUCGGGUCUGUGAUUAUGGCCUCCUUUGGUUGCCAACUUGUGCUGCUUUGACCCACUUUGUCGAGCUUUCGAUCAGCGUGAAGGCGUGA